AUGGCCCGAAUUCUCAUUACCGGAUCUACCGACGGCUUUGGCUUCGAAGCUGCCCGCCAGCUGAUCGAGCGAAAGCACCAAGUUUACCUCCAUGCUCGCAACCAAGAGCGCGCCGAUGAAGUCAAGACCAAGCUGCCAGGUGCUGCUGGUGUUCUGAUUGCCGACUUGACUACCGUUGCGGAAACGCGCAAGCUCGCUGACGAAGCGAAUGCGAUCGGCACCUUUGACGCCGUCAUUCUCAACGCCGGACUACUCUACGGGCCGUUCCGAAAGUCAGAUCUUGGUGUCCCAGCAAGCGUCUUUGUCAACCUUGUCUCCCCGUACAUUUUCGCAGCUCUCCUCAACCAGCCCAAGCGUCUCAUCUUUAUCGCCUCUGUUCUACACCACGAGGCCGACACAAGUCUCAAGGACAUUUUCUGGUUGGAGCGCGGAGAGAAGGAGUGGAAGGAUUUCCCAGCGUACUGCGACGCCAAGUUCCACGUUGUCCUCCUCGUCAACGCAAUUGCACGACGUUUCAAGGAUACCUCGGUCAUUGCUGUGCACCCUGGAUACGUUCCCACCAAGCUUGCAGGUCAAGACGCUCCCGGCAAGAUGGAGGAUGGUAUCGAGACAUAUGUCAUGUUGGCUGAGGGUGAUUACGAUACAUCUCUGACUGGUGUUUACUUUGACCCUAAGAAGGAGAGGGCUCAGCCUCAUGCCUUGACAGCGGACCUAGACAAGCAGGAAGCUAUCGUCAAGGCUUGUAAAGAGCUCACAGGUGUGAAGCUUGCAAGCUCCUAA